AUGGAUGAUUUGAUAAUUGUCGUUUGUAUUUAUCCGAACAAUUUAUUUUACCAUUGCAUAGGCAAUGCCUUGAGUAAGGUUCACGUGAAACAGUCAAGUAUUUACCUUUGCACGUCAAAAUACGUCGGAGAAUAUUGUCAACAUUUGAAUCCGUGUCACACGGGUCCAGGUCCGAGGUGUCAAAAUGGAGGAGUUUGCAAAGUGAAAACAUCUCCAAACGUGUUGCCAUCAUUCACGUGUGCUUGUCCCAUAGGAUUUUCAGCAUCACUCUGCGAAAUCCCCGUCGAUAACGCUUGCGAUAGUAAUCCUUGUACAAAUGGGGGAACGUGUUCGCUUAAAAGUUUGGACAGUUAUAAUUGCACGUGUGCACCUGGAUUUACCGGACAAUUUUGCGAAUUGCAAGAUUUUUGCGCUUCAACCCCUUGUAAAAACGGAGCAAAAUGUGAAUCGUUAGAAUCAACAUAUCAGUGCCAAUGUCCUCCAGGUAUUUACGGAUCGGAUUGUUCGUUAGACGUUGACGAAUGCAGCAGCAAUCCUUGCAUGCAUGGAAAUUGUGUUAAUACGUUCGGUUCAUACGCAUGCAUUUGUGAUCCGGAAUUCACGGGGAAAAAUUGUGAAAGUGAAUAUAUACCGUGUAAUCCAUCGCCUUGUAAAAAUGACGGAUUUUGCAAAGAAAUCGAUUCUUUGACAUACGAGUGCAAAUGUCCUCCAGGUUUCCAGGGGAAAAAUUGCGAAGAAAACAUCGAUGACUGUCCGGGAAAUCUUUGCGAAAACGGUGCAACUUGCAUAGACGUGAUAGACGGAUAUACCUGCGCUUGUCCCCCGCGGUUCACCGGAGAAUAUUGCGGAGAAGACGUGGAUGAAUGUUCAAUAAGACCCAGCGUUUGUCAGAACGGAGCUACAUGCACGAACACUUUAGGCGGAUUUUCAUGCAUUUGUGUUAAUGGAUGGGCGGGACCCGAUUGUAGCACCAACAUUGAUGAUUGUGUGGGUGUCGCUUGUUUUAACGGUGCUACCUGCAUAGAUCGCGUUGCUAGCUUUUCAUGUAGAUGCACCCCCGGAAAAACAGGUUUACUGUGCCAUUUAGACGAUGCUUGUACAUCUCAACCCUGUCACGUAGAUGCUACGUGUGAUACAAGUCCAACAAAUGGUAGUUACACGUGUUCAUGCGCGUCCGGGUAUAAAGGAGUCGACUGUUCUGAAGACAUAGAUGAAUGCGCUCAAGGAUUUCCUUGUGAACAUGACGGUAUUUGUGUAAAUACACCUGGAAGCUUUGCUUGCAAUUGUUCUCAAGGUUUUACUGGUCCUCGAUGUGAAACAAACAUCAAUGAAUGCGAAUCACAUCCUUGUCAAAAUGAUGGUUCGUGCCUGGAUGAUCCAGGAACUUUCCGUUGUGUUUGUAUGCCUGGAUUUACGGGAACUCAAUGUGAAAUCGAUAUUGACGAGUGUCAGUCAAAACCGUGUUUAAAUGGAGGCGUUUGCAACGAUUUAAUCAACGAUUUUCGGUGUACGUGUGCAAACGGAUUUACGGGAUACAGAUGUCAAAUAAACAUCGAUGAUUGUGUUUCCAAUCCUUGUCGUAAUGGUGGAUACUGUCAAGAUUCGAUUGCUGGAUAUACUUGCGAGUGUCCCUUGGGUUUUACAGGUAUCAACUGUGAGAUAAAUAUAAACGACUGUCAAUCUUCCCCGUGCCAUAGAGGCGAAUGUAUCGAUGGUGAAAAUUCAUUUACCUGCAACUGUCAUCCUGGAUACACUGGGUAUUUGUGUCAAACUAAAAUCAACGAGUGCGAAAGCGAUCCUUGUCAAUACGAUGGACACUGCGAAGAUCUUAUUAACGGUUAUCAGUGUCGAUGCAAUCCCGGAACGUCUGGUCAGAAUUGUGAAAUAAAUGUUAACGAAUGUUACAGUAACCCUUGUCGAAAUGGAGCUACGUGCGUUGACGGGAUUAAUAGGUAUUCUUGCGAAUGUAUGGCAGGAUUCACGGGUCAACAUUGCGAAACGAACAUCGACGAAUGUGCCAGUAGCCCAUGCGCCAACGGUGGAAAAUGUAUUGAUCAAAUAGGAAGUUUCAAAUGUGAAUGUCCUCGCGGUUAUUUCGAUGCUAGAUGCCUCAGUGAUGUCGAUGAAUGCGCAUCAAAUCCGUGCCUUAAUGGAGGAUCAUGCGAAGAUGGGGUCAAUCAAUUUAUUUGCCAUUGUCCGCCAGGCUUUGGAGGAAAAAGAUGCGAAGCGGAAACUGAUGAAUGCGGUUCCAAUCCUUGUCAACACGGUGGAACCUGCAAGGAUCAUUUAAAUGCGUAUACGUGCUCGUGCAAAUUAGGAUACACGGGUGUAAAUUGCGAAACAAACAUAGACGACUGCGCUGUAAAUCCUUGCAGAAAUGGAGGCUCUUGCAUCGAUUUGGUCAACGAUUAUCAAUGCGUGUGCGUUUUACCCUUUACUGGAAGAAACUGUCAAGAAAAACUUGAUCCCUGCGAACCGAAUAGAUGUUUUCACAACGCCAAGUGUUCUCCUUCCUCAAAUUUUAAAGACUUUGCUUGCUCUUGCACGAUGGGUUAUACAGGUAGAUUAUGUGAUGAAGAUGUUAAUGAAUGUUUAAUUUCAUCUCCUUGUCGAAAUGGAGCUACUUGUAUUAAUACCAACGGUUCAUACCAUUGUCAGUGUGCCAAAGGAUACGAGGGACAAGAUUGUGUCAUAAACACCGAUGACUGCGCUUCAUCACCUUGCCAAAAUGAAGGGACUUGUUUGGACGAUAUUGGAGAUUAUACUUGUCUUUGCAUAGAAGGAUUCGAUGGGAAACAAUGUCAAAUUGACAAAGAUGAAUGCUUGUCAAAUCCUUGUCAAAAUGGAGCCACUUGUAAUCAGUACGUCAACUCCUACACAUGCAUAUGUCCAUUAGGAUUUAGUGGGAUCAACUGUCAGACCAAUGAUCAAGAUUGUACGGACAGCAGUUGCUUAAAUGGUGGGCAGUGUGUCGAUGGAAUUAACAAUUACACUUGCAUCUGUCCUCCAGGAUAUACCGGCGCUAAUUGUCAAUAUAGAAUAAAUGAGUGUGACAGUGAACCUUGUUUGAACGGAGCUACCUGUCACGAUCACAUUCAUUAUUACACUUGUCACUGUCCGUACGGAUACACGGGUAAAAGAUGCGAACAAUACGUUGAUUGGUGUGCAACCGAUCCUUGUUACAACAAAGCAACUUGCUUGCAAAAGGAAAAUAAAUAUACGUGUGUGUGCGCUCCCGGAUGGACGGGUAAAGUUUGCGACGUUGAAAUGGUUUCGUGCAAGGAUGCCGCUAUUCGUAAAGGAGUAUCAAAAGAAGAACUUUGUAACAACGGAACUUGUGAGGAUAUCGGUAACAGUCACAGGUGUCAUUGUUUAGAUGGUUACACUGGAAGUUACUGUCAGCAUGAAAUUAACGAAUGCGAUUCAGCGCCGUGUCAAAAUGGAGCCACGUGCAAGGAUUUGAUAGGCUCAUAUUCGUGUCAGUGCGCCAAAGGUUUUCAAGGUCAUAACUGCGAGUUGAACGUCGAUGAUUGUCAGCCGAACCCUUGCCGAAAUGGAGGAACAUGCCAUGAUUUUGUGGAUAAUUUCACUUGUUCUUGUCCUCCAGGCACUCUUGGAAUUUUAUGCGAAUGGAAUGUUGACGAUUGUGUACCCGGUGCCUGUCACAACAAUGGAACUUGUACGGAUAAAGUUGGAGGGUUUGAAUGCAAAUGUCCUCCAGGUUUCGUCGGACCUCGUUGUGAGGGAGAUAUUAACGAGUGUUUAUCUAACCCUUGCUCGCACACUGGAACUCAAGAUUGUGUUCAACUUAUAAACGAUUAUAAGUGUAAUUGCAAAAUAGGAUACAUGGGACGACAUUGUGAAGCAAAACAAAAUUUUUGUGAAAGUUCACCGUGUCAAAACGGAGGAAUAUGUUCUCCGGAAGAGGCCGGACACUCGUGCGUUUGCGCAAACGGAUACUAUGGGAAAAAUUGUCAAUUUUCGGGAUCUGAUUGCGAUUCAAGUCCCUGUUUGAAUAAUGGAAUUUGUAAACUAUCCGAAGGUGGAGGGUACCGAUGCGAAUGUCAGCCAGGUACCGCCGGAAAUUAUUGCGAAUUGGAUGCUCGAAACGAAUGUGCCAGCAAUCCCUGUCAACACGAAGCCGCAUGCCAAGAUCUUGUCGGCGAUUACAAUUGCUUUUGCCCUCCUUCUUGGACGGGGAAAAAUUGUCACAUUUACGAUAUAACAUUCAAGGGAGGCAUCGGAAGAAACACCCAUAGACCCAAGCAUCCUCUAACGACGUUGUACGACAUUGAUUUCGAGAGAGAAAAAGAAAAAUGCAUAAAAAAUAAUUGCCGGGAAAAAUCUGGAAACGGAAAGUGUAACGAAGAAUGCAAUACAAGCGCAUGUCUUUUUGAUGGAAACGAUUGUUCUUUCGGAUUGAAUCCCUGGAGAAAUUGUACGGCUCUAAUUGAUUGUUCGAAAGUUUUCGGAGAUCUCGAAUGUAACGAAGAAUGUAACAAUGCUCAAUGUCUUUUCGACGGAAAAGAUUGCGAUACAAUAAUUGAGCCGUGCAAUCCGAUUUUUGAAGCCUACUGUAGCAAACAUUAUGCAGACGGAAAGUGCGACACUUGGUGCAACAAUGUAGGAUGUAAUUGGGAUGGUUUAGAUUGCGAACAACAAUUGCAACCGACUUUGGCAACGGGAAUGAUAUCGGUUAUUGUUUUAAUGGACAUGCAAACGUUCAGAAGUAACAUACGACCAUUUUUGAGAGAGAUCGGUAUACAACUAAGAACAUCAGUCAGAGUUAAACAAGAUCUUUUGGGCAACGAAAGGAUUUACCCGUGGAAACCUGGCGGCGAACCCAGUGCGUCAUCGUCCUACGGUGGCGUUAUUGCUUAUUUAGAAAUUGACAAUAGUAAAUGUAUCAAAGACGAGAGCGAGUGUUUCACGUCUGCCAACGAGGCUGCUGAUUUUCUUGCUGCCAGAAAAGCGACUCAUACGCUGUCGAAGGCUUUUCCAAUAUAUAAAGUUCAAGGAGUCACGGGUGCAUCCGACGAUGAUGUUCCGACAAAUGCCAAAUAUGUGUUCAUUGGAGUUUUCAUUGUGAUAUUUUUGGGACUUUUGGUCGGAGUCCUCGUGACGGCUCAACGAAAACGUGCUCAUGGUAUCACGUGGUUUCCGGAAGGUUUUCUUCGAAAUACCAGUGGUAGCGGACAUAGGAGGUCUAGAAGAAGAGGUCCCGAUGGACAGGAAAUGAGAAAUUUAAAUAACAAGCAAAGUUCUCUAAAUCCAUUGGAUGUUGAAUUGCCGCCUAAUGGAAUGGGUCUUCCUCAUCCCGGUCAGUGGUCCGACGACGAAUCGGAAAUAGCAACUCCCAAGAGAAUGAGACUAUGUGAUCAGGGGUAUGCUAGCGAUCAUACGGCCAUUACCGAUUAUGGAGAAAAAGAACCGAGAAUGUGGACUCAGCAGCAUAUGGAAGCUGCUGCAGCGAUACAGCAGCCGGCUAUGCUGACUCCUCCAAGCAUGGAUGAUGGUAACAACGUAAAUGCUCGUGGGCCAUUGGGAAUGACACCGCUAAUGGUGGUAGCAGUGCGAGGUGGAGGCAUAGAUACAGGAGACGCAGAUUGCGAAGACGAUGGUACGGCUCAAAAAAUUGCUGAUUUAGUUGCUCAAGGUGCUCAAUUAAACGCUACAAUGGAUAAGACUGGUGAAACUUCCUUGCACUUGGCAGCUAGAUACGCUAGAGCUGAUGCUUCUAAGCGUCUAUUAGAUGCGGGAGCAGAAGUUAAUUUGCAAGAUAACACGGGAAGAACUCCUCUUCACGCUGCCGUUGCCGCGGAUGCAAUGGGAGUUUUCCAGAUCUUGUUAAGAAACCGAGCCACAAACCUUAAUGCUAGAAUGCAUGACGGAACCACUCCUUUGAUAUUGGCAGCCCGUUUAGCCAUCGAAGGAAUGGUCGAAGACUUGAUAAAUGCCGAUGCAGAUAUAAAUGCUGCGGAUAACAAUGGCAAAACUGCUUUGCACUGGGCCGCUGCCGUCAAUAACGUCGAUGCCGUGAACAUUCUUUUAGCACACGGAGCAAACAGAGAUGCUCAAGACGACAAAGACGAAACUCCCUUGUUCUUAGCGGCCAGGGAAGGAAGUUACGAAGCUUGUAAAGCUUUGUUAGAUAAUUUUGCCAAUCGGGAAAUUACAGAUCACAUGGAUAGACUUCCCCGCGACGUAGCCGGAGAGCGGUUACAUCACGAUAUUGUGAGGUUAUUAGACGAACACAUUCCUAGAACUCCGCAAAUGACAACCAUGAUUUCGAAUGGUCCCAUUGUUGGUUCUCCGAACCAUCACCAUCAUCCUCAUAUGAUAACCCAUCCUACCGUGAUUGGUGCAUCGGGCCCGAAAUCAAAAUCUAAAAAACGACCCAAAUCUUCGAUUAAUAACCCAACUUCUCCUGAUAUUGAAGGAGCCGCGACUACCGUGCGAAGAAAGGGUAGCAUUAAAAAACCUAACGGGAAAAAGAAUUGUAAUCAGGAAGGUAAUGAAAACAUGGCUUCCCCACUGGACUCUUUGGAAAGUCCACAAACAGUAAGGAGCAUGGGAACGGACAGUCUUCCGAGUCCAUAUGAUUCUGCUAGUUUGUAUACAAACGCAUUUACACAAAUUCACAAUUUAGAAAAUGGAAUGAUUGGAAAGCAGCCUCCCAGUUACGAAGAAGGAGCUUUGCAAACUCUGCACGCAUUGGGAUUGGACCCGUCAUUUAACGCUUUCGGAUUGCCUUUUAGGGAUAUUGCCCAUCAGGUUCGUGACAAGGAAUUUCCGUGGUUACAUCAGAGACAGACGUCUUUACCGGUUCCGAUUCCGGGGUCUCACACUCUUUCACCCCCGUACAGUAAUCAUCAGUCGCCGGGAUCUCAAUUGACGCUAUCCCCGUUGGGUCAGGCGACGCAGUCACCGGGUUCUCAACAGAGUCUGAGUCCGGUGACGUCUUCUUAUUUAAGUUCGCCGUCUCCUGCAAAAGCAAGACCUUCUCUCCCCACGAGCCCGACGCACAUUCAAGCCAUGCGAACCGCAACGCAAAUGAAACACGGUUGCAUGGCUCAACAGGGCUUUGAUUUUGCUGAUCUCCCUCCACAAAUGUACACAGUAACUAGUUUGCCGUCUCCUCAGUUCACAUCAAAGACUACAACAAAUACCAACAACAAUCCAAGUACAAAUGUGCCUCUCACGCAAGUUCCGAAGCAGAACAAUCCUCAACUCGGAGGAGGUCAACAGCAGCCUACACUCCAACAACAGUAUUAUCAUUAUUUGACGCCUCCGAGUCAGGACAGCGUGGAUGGAACUCCUCAGCAUUUAGAAAAUUUUCCAACGCCUUCGCCGGAGAGUCCAGGACACUGGUCGAGUUCAUCACCCCGUUCGAAUUCGGAUUGGUCCGAGGGACUCUCGAGUCCAAACGCUUACCUUCAACAAAAGAACAAAGGCUCAGACGCCAUAUAUCUCUAA